AUGUCAGACAAAUUGAUAGCGCUUGGCAAACGUGUGCGAGAACUUGAAGAUGCCACUCUAGACCCCAAAGUACCUAAACUUGACGAAAAUGUAAAAAGCACUGAUAAGCGACGGAAUUGUGCUAUCUUGAUGAUGUACUCUGGUUGGGACUAUUAUGGAAUGCAGAGAAAUGCGGGUUUCCGCACGAUUGAGGGUGACCUGUUACUGGCUUUACAUAAAUCAGGAUUAAUAUCGAAAGAUCACCUAGACAACCCUUCUCUGAUUCAUUUCCAGCGUGCGUCUAAGACCGACAAACAUGUGUCGGCUGUCGGCCAAGUCUGCAACGCCAAGGUAAGCAGACCCAUACCUCGGAACUUCUUUCAGAUUCCCAUUGCCGACGAACCUCUUGUGGAGAAAAUCAAUGAACAUCUUCCACAGCAGAUUCGUAUCCUAGACGUAUUCCGAGUGACACAACACUUCAACGCGAAAACCGCCUGCAAUCAUCGCACGUACCAAUAUAUUCUUCCAACUUUUGCCUUUGCUGCCCGUGAAUCCCUCACCAGAGAACGCUGUUGGCAAUAUCGCCUUUCUGCCGACACUUUGACACAAGUGAAUAAUAUGUUUCGUCACUUCAAGGGCACCCACAACUUUUUCAAUUUUACCUCUCGCAGAACUGCAAAUGAUCUCAGUUGCCGCCGUUAUAUUAUGUCUAUAGAGUGUGGUGCUCCAUUUCUUCUUGAUGGCGACCGUGAGUUUGCCGUAGUUACGGUGGUUGGUCAGUCGUUUAUGCUUCAUCAGAUCCGGAAGAUGAUCGGACUUGUCGUCUCCAUAGUUUCCGGCCAUACCACGGAAGCUAUUUUCGAGAAAGCCUUUGAAUGCGAACGGUUGGAUUUACCCAAAGCACCGGGAUUGGGGUUAUUCCUUGACAACGUGGACUUUACCCGCUACAACACCAGGUUCUGCAAAGACGGAAGCCAUCAUCCAAUUGCGUGGGAUAACUAUAAGGAAAACAUCGACGCCUUUAAAGAAGAACACAUAUUCCGCCACGUCGCGCAGAAGGAAGUUGAAGAAAAUUCGUAUCCUUUCUUGUAG